AUGGCAAAGGAAAUUCAAACAAACGAGCUUCACGACUUGAUCAAUCUGCAAGAUGCUGAGACGAUCGCCGAGCGCCUGCGAACAGAUCAACAACUUUGCAGAGAAAACAAGUUACCCAGCACGCUGGCUAUAAAGUUAUGCUCUGCUCCAGAUUCGCUUCUCGAAGUGAUAGCAUGGUACCUCACGCCGUACAGCGAAGUAUCAAAAGCCUUGCGGUUGACCAGGUGUAAUAGCAUCAUCAAAGGCAUCAAGGCAUAUCUGAGCCAACUGGAGAACAGGACAGAUGGACAGAACACAUCCAGAGAUAAUUUCCACAUACCAACAGAAACCGAACUGGAAGCGACGCUCAAAGUCCUAGACUACCUCCAGAAACACAAUCUGGUGUCUCAGGUCACCGCAGCGGACCCAUUAGCUGCUGUGAUUCUCACUGUGAAAGCUCAGUUUUCUAUGGACCAUAUCCUUCGAACUGCGCAGCACACAAAAUUGAAGAAACAAAAAGAACCUCGAAAAUUUAGUGAAAAAAUGAGGUGCUAUAUCUGUCGAUAUGUGUUUUCGGCUAGUGAGGCCCAUGAAUUAUAUCCCUCAUUGUGCCGCCAAUGUGGCAUGUUCAACGUUGGUUGUGCACAGCUUUCAUUGCCCGAUAGGCUGAAUCUCACUGGCAAAUUCGCUCUCAUCACUGGCGGAAGAAUCAAUCUCGGUUACUCAACCGCUCUGAGACUACUUAGGUGCGGUGCCAACGUCAUUGUCUCGUCUCGGUACCCUGCUGAUGCAGCAGCGCGUUAUGCAAAGGAGACCGACUUUUCGCAAUGGGGCUCUAGAUUAAAAGUUGUCGGUGCCGACUUCCGAACUGCAAAGGAUGCCUUUCGACUUGUUCAUAUAGUCAAAAACUUACUUUGUGCUUGGGAAGGCGAAAAUAAAUUCGAGAAUCAACGGCGCCUCGACAUUCUAAUCAACAAUGCGGCUCAAACCUUGACAGACCCGAUCAAAGCAGAAGUCGAAGCAAUUGCAAGAGAAGAACAGCUCAAGGACCAUACUGCGACAAAACUCUUGCUCGCGAGUACGAGCGAUUCCUACAAACCCAGAGUUCGCGGAGGUCUUCAGUCCUCCUGGAUCUCUAGCAUAGAAAGCGGCAAAACAAAGCUUUAUAUUGAGAAUGAUGCAAAAAAUAACCAGGCCGAGAUUCAAAACACCCACAAGGGUCUUCGAACAACCAAUGAUGCGGACCCCGCGAAAUCCUCCUGGGUCCAAUCACUCUCUGAGAUCCCAUACGAAGACUUGAUCAGCGCGCACUCCGUCAAUGCAUUCGUCCCUUUAAUUCUGUGUCGCGAACUCCUCAAAAACAUGGGCUCGGAGCCACCGCAUUCGAAGCAUCAACCACACGGGUAUAUAGUGAAUGUCUCAUCCCGUGAAGGUAUACUGGAGGACGUACCCCAUUCUCGCAGUAAAGCUGGCCAUCACGUUCACACAAAUAUGUCUAAAGCGGCUAUCAAUAUGAUCACAGAAACGGAAGCGCAAACUGCGUGGAAGAGCCGGCGUGUUGCUAUGAAUACUGUUGAUCCCGGCUAUAUGAGUGCUGCGCCGGAGUAUCAGCGAGAUGAAGGGUGUCCGAUUGGGUUUGAGGAUGGCGCUGCGAGGGUCUUGUGGCCUAUUGCUGUUGGCGAGUUGGAGGGAGGGUCAUUUCGGGCAGGUUUUUGA